GGUAAUCUUCUGCGACUGAUCACUCUAACUGAGGCGCGCUAGGGUUAGGGUUUGGGCCAGGCCUCCUCUCGAUCGGUGGCUGGGAGAGGAUGGGGUCGGAUCUGAUCCUACUUAGUCGGCUAUUCCCUCCCGUUUUUGGAGGGUUCCGGGGGGUUUAUUAGCGGCGGAUCCCGGAAGUUGUCGACUUUCUUUGUCUUUUGUUCCUGUUCGAUUCCUCUUUCCUUGUUCUAGGGUUCGCUCUUUUGAUCGUGAGUGAUAGUGGAUGAUAGAAAGGGUCUUCCUUUUUGUUUUUUCGAAAGGGAGAAAUUUGUUAUAGUUUUUUUUUUAAUUGGUGGUGGGAUUUAUAGGAUGGAAUUGUGAGGAUUUCAUGUGGUUGUGGAUCUCGAAUCUUGAUAGAUAGAUAGGAGCCGAAGAGGAGAGAAGAGGUGAUCGAGGGAAGAAGAGACGGAGAGGGGCGAGCGAGAGCACGCCAUGGGGGAGUCCCUUCUUACUGCUCUCUCCAUGGACCAUCACCACCACCACCACCACCACCACCCCUCGACCCUUCUGUCCAUGGACCCCAGCGGCGUUUCUCAGCCGUCACUCGCUGCAGCUUCCGCCCAUGACGACUACGACCAUGAGCUUCUGGGCCAGCAGCGCCCGCAGAUCACCCUCUCCGGCCCUCCUGACAUCAAUCUUCCACUCGCCGGUGACCGCUCCCCUCCCCAACAGUCGUGGAACCCUGUCUCCUGCGACAUGUUGGAUGUCCGCCUCGGAACCCAGGUGUAUGACGCUGACACCGCGCUCAACCUCCCCAAGGUUGGGAUCAUUCCUGCUGGGGGGCGCAAGUGUGCCAAGCGAGGGGAUAGCAUUUGGGGUGCAUGGUUCUUCUUCAAUUUCUAUUUCAAGCCUGUGCUCUCUGAGAAGUUCAAGGGCAAGAUCAUCCAUGAUGCAAAUGGCUUCUCGGGUUUCGAUAAGUCCGACCUGUGUCCUGAUGUGUUCCUUGUUCAGCAUGACAUGGAGAAUAUGUACAUGUGGGUGUUCAAGGAGCGACCGGAGAAUGCACUUGGAAAGAUGCAGCUGCGGAGCUACAUGAACGGGCACUCGCGUCUUGGGGAGCCUCAGUUCCCAUUCAGCGUCGACAAGGGCUUUGCAAGGUCACAUCGGAUGCAGCGCAAGCAGUAUAGGGGGCUGUCAAAUCCACAGUGUGUCCAUGGAAUUGAGGUCGUGUGGUCACCAAACCUUUCUAUGGUUUCCGAGGCGGAUUGCAAGAAGUGGGUGGAUCUUCUUGGGAGGGACCUGAAUUUCUCGAUUCCACCGGAGGCUAGUGAUUAUGGGUCAUGGAGAAAUCUUCCGAGCACUGAUUUUGAGCUCGAAAGGCCACCACCUCCUUUAAAGAAUAUUUCUUACCUUAAUUCGAGGAAAUUGCUUAAUGGCACAGGCCUUAAUCUGUCAACACAACCAUCUCAUGCAGGUGGAGAUUGUAUGGACCUUUCACCAAAAUGCAGCAAACGCAGGAAGGAUUUUUUCCCCCACGGGACAGAUGAGGACUGCUGCUUGAGUAACAACUCAUACUGCCAAGAUAUGGAAAUUCGCCCUGCUGAACCGUCAUGGGUAAAUGAGUUUACGGGUGUUAUGAGGCAUGCGUGUGGACCGGUGACUGCUGCGAAGACAAUAUAUGAGGAUGAAGAAGGGUAUUUGAUCAUGGUUAGCUUGCCUUUCUCUGACCAGCAGAAGGUGAAAGUCUCUUGGAAAAACAAUCUUACUCAUGGAAUAGUAAAGAUAUCAUGUGUCAGUACUGCUCGGAUGCCUUACAUAAAAAGGCAUGAUAGAACCUUCAAGCUGACAGAUCCUUCCCCGGAGCAUUGUCCUCCAGGGGAAUUUGUGAGGGAAAUACCUCUUGCUACACGAAUUCCUGAAGAUGCCAAUCUGGAAGCAUACUACGAUGAGACGGGAACUGUUUUGGAGAUUAUGAUCCCUAAACAUCGAGUUGGAUCUGAGGAACAUGAAGUUCAUGUGUGCAUGCGCCCUCCUCAUCUUGGAUCCAAUGAACUUCUGUUAUCUUGAAUACGAUACAUUAACAUCAAAAGUAGAAUGAUGAAUGUGCUGGUUUAAUGGUAUGGAGGAUAUCAUGGUGGAGCCUGACUUUUCUGCUUCCAAGCAGAAUCAAUGAUAUUUAGAAAGUAAUUGGCAAGAUGGAUCACUUUCUUC